CAGAAUGAAUUCUCUGACAUUAGAGCUGAACAGAAUUCGAAAUGAUAAUCAAUUAUUUAAGGUUCGAUUUGCUGAACUAGAGCAAGAAAAUGCUCUCCUCGUUUCUCAAAUCGACGAAAUGGUGAACGAGCAAACAGAAAGAGACGCUAUUAUUAAUGAAUUUGGAACAGCCGUUGAGACACGAAUCACCGAAUGGAAGGAUAUUUUAGAUGAAAAAGAUGUUACUAUUGCGAAACUCAAGGAGAAUCUUUUAUAUUCGUCGUCCGAUAAAAUUACGAAUGCUUCGGGUGACGAAAAUAGUCGCAUAAAGAUCGAGCGAUUGAUCAAAGACAUCAAUCAUCGGGAUGAAAUAAUAGCUGAACUUCAAAACAAAUUAUCCGAGGCUGUGAUUGAGUUAAACGAAAGCAGCUUAUUGUUUGAGAAAGUUAAAUCUGACCACAAAACUGUUAAGCAGGGUAGUAAAGAUCGCCGUGAGAUAAAUAAAAAAAUGCAAGAAGCAAGUAAAAAAGUAAGUGUUCUGGAAAAUUUAUUGGAACGCGCUGAGAAUGAUGCGAAAAUUAAAAGUGAACAGUUAUGUGAUGCGCUGGCAAUUCUAAAUAAAUACGAGGAUGAAAAUACGAGUUUAACGGAAUCACUUGGGGAAAUUAAGGAACUAAAAUUUCAAGUUAAAAAGAAGUGUAAACACAUCGAGGACAUGGUAGAUAUUAUUAAUAAGCUUGAGCUUGAAAAUUCAAGAUUCGAAGAAGUAAUAAUUAUAUUGCGAGAUAAAUUGGGAGUUACAAAACACGAAGAAUCUUUAAUAGAGGACUUGAUUCUGCAGCGUCAAGAAUCGCAGAAGGAAAAAUUUAACGAAAUGCAAAGGGAGAAUAAUCGACUGACUGGUGAAAAUGCGGAUUUAAAAUUUCAGUUAAGAAAGGUGAAAGCAACGUUUAAAGAAUCCUUGAAGAAUAAGCUUAACGCAGCCAACGAUGCGUCCAAUGGCAAUGAUAAUGUUGAACGACUAAGUAGCGAUGUGAAAUCGAAGCAAGAGCUAGCGGAAUUGUAUCGAAUUAAAGAAAAUGUCAAAUGGGUUAUCGAAGAGAACGAAGCUCUGAGACAGGGGAUGCACGAAAUAUUAGACUGUAUUCAUAAACAAGAUGGUAAAAGUGUUGUUACGAUACAAUCUCAAACGUUGGAAAAUCUUUUGGAAGCCUUGGAUGCACGACAUUUGGCUGGUUGGUAUCAUCCGGCAAUGAGGUUACAGGGACGCGUAAACUAUUUACAAGGCAGCAAUGCCGAAUUAAGAGCACAACUUCAACAAAUAAGGAAAAAUCAAAUGCUAUUUCAAGCAGACGUACAGUUGACAGUGGGUAGCGUCGAAGAAGGUGAAUGCACUCAGCAAAGGCAUUCCACGAGAAAUAUAACACCAGAUGGUAAGAUACGUAUAUCGAUCUUCACUGUAUUUGACGCAGAUUCGGGAAGAGCAUCGGGAAAAGCAGUGGAAAUAGACGAUAUACAAGAGACCGAGGGCUCUGAAAAUACAAAAUCAUCCGAAUCGGGUAGCGAGCUGGCUAUGGAUGACGAAGAAUUUGGCAAAUCGGAAGAAGUAUACUCGAUGACGAAAGAAGUAAUUGCCCAAGAAGGUGAUUUUAAGCAAGCGUUAACGGACUCCAUAAAACAUCAGAAGAUCCUGGAAUAUCAAUUAAUGACCCUUCGCAAAAACCUAGCGAAUUGUAUUUCCCCGGAAAUUUACAAUGAACUGAGAGGGAAGUAUUUGGAAACAAAUAUGCGGCUACGAGCAGCUUUUGAGAAUAAGCUUGCAAUAAGCGACAUGGAAGGAGAGACCAAGGCGAUUGAAGUUAUGAGGAAUAAAGUCAUACAGGAGCAGCGAGACGAGUUAAUUUCCGUGCAUAAGCUAUUAUCGGAAUUGACGAUACAGCAGCCUGAAAAUACAUGGGGUGCAGAAAAGAAAAUUGUGGAAAAGCUGGAGAGUCGUAUCGUAGAAUUGACAGUGGAGAACGAUGCAUUGCAAAAGUCCGCGGAAAUAGCGCGUGAAGAGACUGUGAUACAUCGUGCCAUCGAUUCGACCGUUCUAACCGAAUUUAAUGAUUUGCGACAGCGGAUUUCGAAACUAGAGGCCAACGAGGAGCAAGAAUUAAAGAAAACCGCACAAAUUUCACUCGAGCUUGCGAAUUACAAAGUAAAGGAAAUUGGUCUGCGAGAAGAAAAGAAGCUUCUGGAAAAUGAAUUGCUAAGAAUGCGAGACGAACUUGCGAAUUCUCGAAAACGUCAGAGAAAUAAUGGAGAAUUAUGCGAAAUGAAUGACAAGCAAAUCGAUAUCAAGGAUUAUAUCGAAAUAAUAGAUAUUCUGCAACAUCAGUAUGCUGGCUCGACAUCGCUCAGUGCCUGGGAAAGAUACGAGGCUAAUUCUAAUCAGCUGAGGAACGAUCAAAAUGAAGUGAAAAAAUUGAUAAUUAAAAUAAACGAUCAGAAUGAAAAUCUUAAGAUUCAGCACGAAACGCUUGCAAGUAGAUUGCAAAUUGUUGAGCAAUUGAAGGAUAUAUUGGAGCAACAAAUUGGCUCUAGCGACGUCCAAGAUAUUAUGCAAAAGUUUACGAACGAAACAAAGCUAAUACUCGCGGAAUCUCAGUAUAAAACAACGAUAAAUCAAUUGGAAGAGGAGAUGAAAAUUGCCAAUAAACGCCUGUCCGAUUACGAGAUUAAAGUAGCAUCGAUGGAGCAAGAAAUAAAUAAAGCGCAAAAAAUUUGGACCGUCCAAAAGAUUUCGAGUAUUAAGCGACCUCUUACCCUAGAUAAAAUAAUCGAGACAGACGCGAGAAUCGAUGGAAAUGCCAGGUGUAAACAAACGGAAACCAAAUCUUCGCAGACUCGAGUGAACAUGCAUUCGGUCGAGGUGCAGUGUAUGCCUUGUGAAUCGACAAGCAUCAAUGUCCCAGACGACGUAGAAAAAGAUGUAGACGACAGUGAAAUCGUCACGAUAAUUCGAGAAAGUAGCGAGGAAACAUUGCUCAAAGGUAGACUGGCGUUGCUGCAGGAACAGUUGGGCCAGGCACUAAACCUGGCCUCGGAACGCUCGAUCGCCCUCUCCAAGUGCGAGUCCCAGUUGGCGGAGUACAACACGAGGAAUGCCACCCUAGUGAAGCUGCUGGAUGAGAGGAGCAACGCUAUGGUCGCCGACCACGUUGAGGUACUUGCGGAACUCUCCAAGGCCGAGGAGAUUCGGAGAUCCGGGCCGACGAGCCAAGAGGCCCUCCAAUCGACCGUCAAUAGCCUGCGUAAAAUUGUCGAGCAAAAGGAAGAGACGAUCGCUCGGUACCAGAACCUUUUGAAGGAGGAUCGUGAUAUACACAAUGAGGAUGCGACCAGACUACACGAGGAGAUUAAGUGCCUGAAGAAGCAGAUCUCCGUGUCACGACCAGCCACUCGUGACGACGAUAACGCGCUAAUUGCGAAUUCCGAGUACUCGGAGAAGGACUGGACUACCGUGGAGCUGGUGAAGAGCGAGAGAAAAUCAGAGGAGGCGUCUAUCCUGAGGGAGAGAGUCUCCAGACUGGAAACGGAAUUGAGUAUAAGCGGUGAGCUGGCGGAUAGGUGGCAUCGAUUGGCCGACGAUAGAUUGAGACACAUGGAUAGUACGAGAGAGAGAUUAGAGGAUCAGCAUAAAGAAGAAAUUGACAGUUAUCGAAUGGAAUUGAAUAAGCGAGAGAGUGAAAUAGAUGAAUUACGACGUCAGUUAUUAGAAAGUCGUCGUGCAUUUACUACAAAAACCGAAGUUCUAUCAUUUAUGAAGACACUUCAAAUAAAAGAUAAUCGUUUAGCCGAUGAAAUCGAAAAUGAACUCGAAGAGCACAUGGUAAUUUCCUCUAAGCAAAUUCCUAUGACGCGCGAUGGCGAGGAUCCGCGACAUCUCGAAUUUGAACAAUCGUCAACCCAAUUAGAUAAUUUACGAAAGCAGGUGCAAAUAUUAAUGGAGAGAGAGAAAUCAUAUAAAAGUAAUAUUACUGAAUUGCAACAGCUUCUAAGUCGAAAAUAUAUGGCUAGUAAGAGUCAGGAGAAAAAGGUAUCGCGGCGUGAAAUGCAACUUGAGCGAAAGGUGAAAGAGCUGGAAAAAGAGCUAAGUGAAGCCAGGGAAAUGUUAGACCGGCAUUUCAUGAUGCAACAAGCAAAGAGAGUCAAGACAGCCGAAGAUUUAGGUUUAUGGGAAAAAUUAAAAAAAUGGCAACAGACAGCUGAAAAGCUGAAGGAAAAAUUGAAAGAGAAAUCGGACGAGUGUCAAAGAUUGCAAAACAAUUAUGAAAAAUUGCGGAAUCUCAUAUCGUGCAUUGAGCGAGAAAAGUGGUUCCUUAAAGGAAAGUACAGAAACGAAAGUAUAGCAAUACCUGCCUGGAUGCCGCCACCCGAUCUAUCACAAAAUCAUGUUAUUAUUAUAGAAGACUUGCAGAGAGAAUGUCAGGAAUUAAGGGAACGCGUUAAAGAAUUGGUCGAUCGUUUGAAUUAUCAAGACAAUGAGAAAAGUGACGAUAAUGAAAAUAUGAUAUCUCCUUCCGAUGGUAUCGAGGUGGAGGAAUAUUCAAAUAAUGAAUUGAAAAGACUGAGCGAUGUCGAUGAAGUAUUGGAAAAGGAGAAUCUUAGAUUAGAAGCGGAAAACUUUGAGCUGAAUUUAGAGCUUGAACGGGCCAACUUGAAUUUGCCAAGGUACCAAGAUAAGAUACAGCACUUAGAAAAGUACAUAGAAUUGCUAAAGUCGGAAAAGUCAAUAGAGCCGUGUUACACGUCGGGCCCGACGAAGUGCGACAGCAACAACCAGCGCACGAAAAAUGAGCUCGAGCGAACGGUUCUCGCCCUGAAGAAUCUCGUCGAGAAGCUCCAACAAGACAACAAGACGCUGCGCCAAUCGUUUUCCAAGGAGGAAGUGGAAUCGUGCCGCGACUGUCGCUACGUAAGGGCCGAGUGGGAGCAAAGCGAGCGCCGCGUCAGGGUCUUGGAGUCGGAGCUCGAGCUCGCGGAGAAGAGGAUGAGAUUGGCGGAGGAGGCGGCACUCGAGAGAUCGAGUGACGAUGGUUCCGAGGAGGCGGCCAUCCUCAGGGAACAGCUCACCCGUAAAUCCGAGCUGCUGCUCAAGGUCAAGGACCUACUCGCCAAGGCCGCCCUCAACGAAAAGGCCCUGCGCCAGCGGAUACAACAACUUGAAUUCAAACAAACGCUUUCUAUUAUACCAGAAUAUGGAUCAUCGCUAGAGAUGACGUAAAACUAUUUUCUUACAAGU